AUGCCCUCAGGCAGCGCCUUCCCGGCCGCUCCCACCGAGCGCCGCGAGAUGGCAGCGCCGGCCGCCGCCGCCGCCCCGCCCGCCCCUGCCCUGCCCUUCCCCUCCCGCGGCUGCGGUGGGGAAGACGGUGAGAGGGCGAGAAGGGCUGGGGAGGCGGGGAAGGAGAGAAAAUGGCCGCCGCUGGUGGGGAGGGAGGGCGGUCCGUCAGCGCACCUGAGGGAGAGGGGCUGCGCGUGGAGGAGCGUGUGGGGCAAAAGACCAGCGGGCGGGAAGUAUAAGGCUGCAGAUCAAGGUUUCCAUCAACAGAGAAAAGGAUGGUGUAGAGAGCCCAGCAUAUCACGAUUCAGUGCAACAGAGAGACAGGGUCAGUUAUUAAACCAUCGUCAGCCUGCAGGGUUUUCAGCAUUUGAGGGACCUUCCUGGUUCUGCCAUUUCUUAAAAACCCAGUUCACUGAUGAGAAGUUUCAAGUACAGCUUGGCAAAUCCAGAGGAUGCUGGGGGAAGCAGCUGAUACAAUUCACAUGUUCACUCAUCUGCUGCAUAUGGAAUAUAAGGAAGAGGAGUCCAACAAAAGCUGCUCUCUGCUUUCCAGGGAAUGAACACGCAGGGGGAAGUGGAGUCCUUUCUUCUCCUGCUCCUCCUGUCUGCUCUCUGCCUGUCCACUGUCAGUCCAAAAGGCCAGGGGUCCAGCUACCCCUGCAUCUCAGGCUCACUCUCACACUUUUGAGUCACUACUCUGAACUACUUGAUAGAAUGCCAGCAAACAGAAUGCCAGAGGGGAAAGAUAGUGUGAGAAGUGGGGUGAGAGAAAUUAAAUUAUGAAUCUCAUUCAGUUUCUCAUUUUUGCAUCUUUUGCCCAGCUCUCCUCCGUAAGAGUAUGUAACAGACCAAAUUUAGAGCCUCCAGAUUGCAAUCAAAUCCAUUCAGCACAGGGAUGUGAAAUUCCUUUGGUGUGAGUGAGGCUGAAUUCCUGAGGCAUCACAUGGAUUUUCAGAGUGGUGGGGGAAGGCGUGCGACUGUCACCCUCGGUGGCACCCACGGACCCGGAGC